AUGACAACAGUUAUCUCUCUGCAGCAGCAGCAGCAGCAGCAGCAGCAGCAGCAGUUGCUGCUGCUGCCACAAACAGGAGGGGAUACAGCAACAAAAGAUAAAAGAAGAAGCAGCAGACGCAGCAGCAGACGCAGCAGCUGCAGCAGCACAGAUAGUCGUCGCUGCAGCACCGCAAGCAACAGCAAUCGUCUUCUUUCUUCUGCUGAGACAGCAGCAGCAGCAGCAGCACUAACACCAACACCCCCUCCACCACCACCACCACCAGCAGCAGCAACAACAGCAGCAGCAGCAGCAGCAACAACAGCAGCAGAUGAGGACACACAAGUGGGUACCUACAGGGUAUACGUAAAGGGAGCAGCAGAGACAGUGUUACGUCUUUGUUCUCAUUUAGUGGUUCCUGCUGCUCUAUCUGCGGCUCUAACGCGCAGCAGCAGCAGCAGCAGCAGCAGCAGCAGCAGCAGCAGCAGCAGUAAUGAAUUAUGUAUAAUUCCUUUAACAAAUAAAUUAAGAGAAGAAAUAGAGAAAAGAGUAAUUGAAUUCAUGGCAGGAGAAUGUUUACGUACUAUUUGUAUUGCAUAUAAGGAUAUAAAAACAAUAAAAAAUAAUCUUUUUCUUUCUUAUAAUCUUAAUCAAUAUAAAUAUUACUCUAUUGAGCAACAACUUGUCUGUCUUGCUAUAUUAGGCAUCAGGGAUCCAGUACGUGAGGAGGUUCCUGCUGCAGUCCGUGCAUGCCAAGCAGCAGGGAUUCGUGUACGAAUGGUAACAGGAGACAAUUUAGAGACAGCUAAACAAAUUGCUAUUAAAUGUAAUAUAUUUCAUCCUGAAGAAGACGGUUUAGCCAUGACGGGUGCAGAAUUUACGCGUAUAGUAGGGGGAGUAGUAUGUAGUGUUUGUCUAACUAGGGUUUGUGAUUGUACAACGGGGAAUACAAAAGAAAGAAAAGAAGGAAAAAGAAUUAGGAAAGAUAUUAUUAAAGAUAUUGAAGCAUUCAAGAAAAUUGCACCAAGGCUGGAAGUACUUGCAAGAUCGCAACCAAUGGAUAAAUUCGCUCUUGUUGUGGGGUUGCAGCAGUUAGGGUCUGUAGUCGCGGUAACAGGAGAUGGAGCAAAUGAUUCUCCUGCACUUAAGACUGCUGAUGUUGGAUUUGCUAUGGGAAUUACAGGAAAAGAAGUAGCAAAACAAGCAGCAGAUAUAGUAUUAUUAGAUGAUAACUUUGAGAGUAUUGUGUCUGCUGUUAAAUGGGGAAGAAGUAUCUACGCAAAUAUACAAAAGUUCUUAGAAUUCCAAUUAACUGUUAAUGUUGUUGCUGUUAUUUCUUCUUUUGUUUGCGCUGCAACACUACGAGAGAGUCCAUUAACAGCAGUACAAAUGUUAUGGAUAAAUUUAAUCAUGGAUUGUCUUGCCUCUCUUGCCUUAGCAACAGAACCACCAUCAGAUACUUUAUUAAAAAGGAAACCUAUCUCUAAAAAUGAAUAUCUUGUUACCAAGAAGAUGUGUCGUAAUAUACUAGGACAAGCAAUAUAUCAAUUAGCUGUCUUAUUUGUACUUAUUUUUGCUGGGGAUAAAUUUAUACCUGAACUUAAAUGGGAACAUUUAUCCCAAGAUACAAGAAAUAUGUUUCCUGAUUUCUGCGAAUUUAGCGAUUGUACGAGUGAAUCUCCUCAUAUAUUAAGAUCAGGAAGACGUUUCUUUCCUUUUACAUCUACAGAAGAUUAUAAGGCAGCAUGGAAAGUGACCAUUGGUCCUAGUAGACAUUAUACACUUGUAUUUAAUGCAUUCGUCUUUAUGCAGUUAGGAAAUAUGUUUAAUGUUCGUCGAUCUGGUCCAUCAUUAAACUGUCUACUGAGAGGUUAA